AUGGUGGUGUUGCACAAAUGUAAUACAAAAAUGCAGGUUCUUAUUUUUUUCCUUUGGCUCGAAACCAGACAUUGUGUCAUUCAUUGGGACCUAUGUUCAGUAGUGGACUUGUAUUGGGCUGUAAUGAAUAUAAUGAUGUUAAUUACUUUUCAAUCUAACUCCAAGUCUGGUUGCAAAACGUGGCCAUGUCACAUCGUGGAGAGACGGAUUGCUUUGGAGAAGUCGUUGCUGCCGACCUUCAAGAGGAGCAUCCUCGAAUGCGUUGAAGAGUCCGCCGUCAGCCCCAACUUAGUGCUGCAAAUUACAGCUGGCAACUGGAACGUUAGGGAAGAAUAUAAAUUAAAAGCGUGGGCGCUCUGCCUGCUUCUUAAAUCUAACAUGAUCUCCAAGGAAGGUGUGUUUCAUUUGGACGUCGCACUGGCCGGAGUUCCAGAUAUUGAUAAAAACACCGUCGAAAAAAAAAUCGACGAAUGUCUGUAUUCAAAGGAGCGUAAACCUGAAGAUAUAGCUUGGCAUUUUCUCAAAUGUUAUCAUCAGGGCAAACCAAGAUAUUCCUACAUGUAA